AUGCCUUUCACAGCUUCCGACAUCUGCAAGAUCUUCUUCGCCUUCAUCCUGCCUCCUCUGGGUGUCUUCCUGGAAAAAGGAUGCGGCUCCGACUUCCUGAUCAACAUCUGCCUGACCAUCCUGGGUUGGAUCCCCGGUAUUAUCCACGCGCUGUAUGCCACGCAACUCCGACCGUCUUUUGAUUCUCAAGAACCACCCCUUCUAACCAUGCCUCGUAGCGCCCAGGGCAACACAUUCGCUUUCCCAUCGAUUUUUCUCUCCGGGAAAGUGAUGUCAUGGACCCUCUCUGAAGAUCUUCUUGCGCGAGUGCUCCAUCGUGAGGAAUAG